CUCACACGUUAACGACGAACGCUGCCGAGCGGUUGCCUUUUUCCGCUGCUGUUGUGCCGUGUGUGUAAGAGUGCGCGCGGGUGUGUGGGAGUCCCAGUGGCCAGGAUCCACCGUUAUUUUGUGCAGUGAAAACAAUUGCAAGUGUGCAAUGGCAAUCCGUUUCUAGACCACAACUCGCCACGCUGCCCUCGCUCCAAAAUCAGCAAUCAAACCCUUUCGCGUGGACCGAGGUUCGCUCGAUAGGCAAACGCAAACGAAAACGAAACCGAAAACGAAGAAAAAACGCGAUGCGAAUUAAAGCUUUGCGUGGCAAAAUGCGCUAACCGAAGCAACAAAACAAACCAACCAUCCUAAAAAAAAAUUAUAUAUAAUAUAUAUAUAUAUGUGAAAAGCAGCACGUGAAGCAAGAAAAAUCCCGAAGAGCUGAAGAAAAUUGCGUAGAAAAUAAAUAAUAGAAAAAAGCAAAGGGAAAUACGAAUUUCGUUGGCCGAAAAGUAAAAACGAUUAUCAUCCAAACGAGUGUGAGUAAGAAAGUGAGAGUGAGUGAGUGUGUGCGGGUGCGGGUGCUAGCCCUAUAAAUAACACUGGGUCUGGCCGAGCGCUAAUUACGGUAAAACAUGAAAAUCUUGGCGAAAACCGCAGCAACAACAAGUGAGGCCAAGGCGGCAAUUAAUCAAUUUUCCGCUUGACCCAUAAGGAAGUUUCCAUAUCAUAAUUAAAAGAAAACCCAGAAAACGAACGGAUACAAUCGCACGAAAGUAAGAGUAUAAGCUCAACCCAACGAAACAUAUGGCAUAUCCUUGAGUUACACAAAAAUUUAAGCAAAAACUGUAAAAACAAAAUAAAUAUGUAUUAAAAUCAAUAAAAAUUGGCUCGAAAGGACUGUGAAAGUUUCCAUAUCAGCACAAGACACAUCAAUUUAAAUAAAUCACAAGCUCCGUUCUAAGAUCCUGCAAAUUAGAGAUACAAAUAAAUGAAUAUUAAUCCAUGAAACUCUGUGUGAAUUACAAAAUAUAUCAUAUCAUAAACAGUAUAACUGAAAGACCCAUGGCAUUGCUAAUUCAAAACAAACUCUGGGCCUUAGCCUAGAACGCUCAACCAAAAGACUUUAAAAGACAAAACCAGGAAAAUGCAUAUCAGGGGAUUGGCUUUCCUGGUCCUCAGCCUGCUGCCUGGAAUCAUCCUGGGCAAUCGCUACAACCAGCUGCAUCUGUACGCGAACGGAGGAGCAGGCAGCUCCUCGUCAUCCAACCCCGGGAGCUAUAGGUCCUCCCCCGCGUCCCAGAACGAAGUCUACUCCAUAGCGGACAGUCAGCCGAUGACGGAGGACGGCUAUAUGCCCCCCAGCCAGCACUUUCCGCCCGCCCACUCCGAUCUGGAUCCGCCCGCCCAGCAGCAGAGCACCUGCCAAACGGUCUGCGCCUGCAAAUGGAAGGGCGGCAAGCAGACCGUGGAGUGCAUCGAUCGCCACCUGAUCCAGAUCCCCGAGCACAUCGAUCCCAACACCCAGGUGCUGGACAUGUCCGGGAACAAGUUGCAGACCUUGUCCAACGAGCAGUUCAUACGUGCCAAUCUGCUCAACCUGCAGAAACUGUAUCUGCGGAACUGUAAGAUUGGCGAGAUCGAGCGGGAGACCUUCAAGGGACUGACCAACCUGGUGGAGCUGGAUCUGUCGCACAAUCUGCUGGUUACGGUGCCCAGCCUGGCCCUCGGCUACAUUUCCUCGCUGCGAGAACUCACCCUGGCCUCCAAUCAUAUACACAAAAUCGAGAGCCAGGCCUUCAGCAACACACCCUCGCUGCACAAAUUGGAUCUGUCGCAUUGCGAUAUCCAGACCAUUUCCGCUCAGGCCUUUGGGGGCCUCCAAGGACUGACCCUGCUCCGCUUGAACGGGAACAAACUGAGCGAGCUUCUGCCCAAGACCAUCGAGACCUUGAGUCGCCUCCAUGGCAUCGAACUGCACGACAAUCCCUGGCUCUGCGACUGCCGACUGAGGGACACGAAACUCUGGCUGAUGCAGCGGAAUAUCCCGUAUCCCGUGGCGCCCGUUUGCUCGGGCGGUCCCGAAAGGAUAAUCGAUCGCAGCUUUGCCGAUCUUCAUGUGGACGAGUUCGCCUGCCGACCCGAGAUGCUGCCCAUUUCGCACUACGUUGAGACCGCCAUGGGGGAGAACGCCUCGAUCACUUGUCGGGCCAGAGCGGUGCCAGCUCCAAACAUCAAUUGGUACUGGAACGGACGGUUGCUGGCCAACAACUCGGCCUUCACGGCCUACCAAAGGGUGCACAUGUUCGAACAGGUGGAGGGAGGAUUCGAGAAGAGGUCGAAGCUCGUGCUGACCAACGCCCAGGAGACGGACUCCAGUGAGUUCUACUGUGUGGCCGAGAACCGAGCGGGAAUGGCCGAGGCCAACUUUACGCUCCACGUGAGCAUGCGAGCUGCGGGAAUGGCCUCCCUGGGAAGUGGCCAGAUCGUGGGCCUGAGUGCAGCCCUGGUGGCCCUGAUUGUCUUCGCCCUGGGGGUCAUCAUGUGCCUGCUGCUGAGGGUCAAACGGCAGCCGUAUGUCGACAGCAAGACCCCCAACCACAUGGAGGUGAUUACAUCGGUCAACCAUCAGAAUUCCAUUACAAACAAGACGCAGCCGGCCACGGGGAAUGGCAGCAUUGGAGGCGUGGUCAUUGCCAACGGAGCUGUGGCCAACAUUAUCGACGGCGGAGUGGUGCAGGGAGGCAGUCUGGAGCGGAAGAGUAGCGUACGAGGAGUAUCCCAUGCGGGGCACGAUCAGCGCAGUGCGAAUCCCGUGCAGAAACCGCCGAGGCUAACCGAUCUGCCCUACUCCACGCAGGGCUACGACAACAACGGAAGUGUCCUGUCGACUGCCUCCUGCUUUAUAUCCCCGACCGGAUCCACCGGUAACGGUGGCAACAACCCCGAUCUCAUCAACGACACCAAGCGCUUCGGGAGCGAUGAGUUCGCCGAUCUCAAGAUCCCGCCCAUCAGUGGCGUUGGCGUGGGAGGCAGUGGGGAGUACAGUCGCGCCAACGGCUGCGACUCCCUGUAUCCCUCGGGUCUGUGGGAACACGGUGCCCCAGUGGGCACCACUUCUGCGGAUGACCUCUUCAUGAAGCGCUACACGGACAAGACGCCCAUCAUCGACUCCACCCAGCUGUAUGACUUGCACGAGCGCACGGCAGCCACGGACUAUUUCAGCAAGACCUUCCCCAGGUCACACCUACAGCAGGGACUGACGGGAGGUGUAGGCGGAGUAGGAGGAGGUGGAGUAGGAGGAGGAACCUCCACGGCCUCGACUGUGACCACCAAUCUGUCGGGUGGUUCCUCAUCGGGCUACCCCAACGAUUACGGCCUGCCUUUGGUGCCGGGGGCAGAGCACCAGCACAACCACCAGCUGCAGAUGCACCCGCUGCAGCAGCUCCAGCAGCAGCUGACCUCUACGCUGAACCACCAGAAGCGGGAGGGCAGCUCCACCGGCAGCAGUCCGCACUUCAGCAGCCGCACACUGCCUCGACUGCACGAGGGGGGAAGUGGCAGUGGGAGCUCCCGCUGCUCGCCCACGCCAGCGGUCAACCACGCCCAGGCGAAUGCCAGCGCCUCCAGUUCCUGCUCCAUACUGCCCAACGGGCAGCCCAUCAACGCCAAGACGAUACGGGUGUGGCAGAAGGGCGGCGUGCCCGUCCUGCCGCCCGUGACGGCCCUGAAAAGGGCCCUGAUCAGCAGCAGCCGCAACUCGCCGGACGAGGGAUACCAGGAAGGAUGUGGCACGGAUGUGUAAGCCCGCGGAGGCAGGGCGACCGGAAACCAAACCAAGAACUGACUAAACUUAACACAACAAAUAAGAUGGGGAGGUAGCUCUUUUAGGUAUAACACUCUUAGAUAGCUCCGAGGUCCUAGGCGAGCAGCGAUUAUUGUGCAAGCGAACUGUUUGUGAUAGUGUCUGACAAAAAAGAUAAUGCGAAUGAAGAUAAUAAUUGCCCAAAGCAAAGAGAAAGCUAAAACGAAAUCAACUGCACUACACUAAGGUACACUCUCCUUGGCAAGUAACUCAACUAACUAAAGUAAACUAAACUAAACUAAACUUUAACUAAACAUAAACGUAAACUAAACUAAACUAAGAAAUGUACAGCAAACUUUCUUUAAAAACCAUGGCAAACUCUCAACUCCCCGCAUAACGUUUAAAAUACUCCAAAAAUAUACAUGUGUAUGGAAAAGCAACCAUGUGAAUGUAACUAAAUCUAUGUAUAAAACUUAUAUAUUUAUAUGUAUGUGACUAUGUGUGUGCAUGUGUGUGUGUAAUUUCGUCGUUGUUCGGUCAAAAAGAAGUUAAAUGGAACCCAGAACCUCCCAAAGUUAUAAUCAUAAAUCAGAAAAAUUGUGGCUCAACAUUUGUAAAUUAUGCAUUCACAUAUAUAGUAUAUGGUAAACUGGAAAAAGUUAUAUAAAUCAUUGUAACUGUAUAUAUUACAUAUCUCAUAGACAAAGAAAACCAAUUCUGAAUCCGACUAUUGUUGAAAUCUUGUCCCGUUAGAAGCUGUGAAAUAAUGUAAAACUAAAGCAGGCUAAAGUCUAUCCAAAAGGAAAACAGUAAAUCAGCUAUUUUAAUAUUUUCUCAAUUUUGUUUUAGCCAUAACUUGUUAAAUGGUUUAUUUCCAAUCUAUGUUCGGCCAUUAUAAUGUUUCUAUUCAUCAGCGUUUUCAUAAAAUUCAUAAAAGUUUAAAAAAAUUGCAAUAUUUUAAACUUUAUUAACAGAAAAUAACGGAUUUAUAUUUUCGAAAUUAUUUGUCAGUAUACCCUUGUCCAACUAUUCGCCAUUGUAAUAUUGUAUUUUUUUGUUUGCGAAGAGAGAUUACCUUGUUUUUAAACAAAAUUUCUAUUUCUAUCUGACAUUUUUUUAGAAAGAAACAUUUUUAAUUCAAAUAUUUUCAUCUGUCAUUGCUGAAUUUUUUUUUUGGUUUGUUGUUUGUUCAAAACCGAUCAAAUGCGCCAUUUUUACAGCUUUGAAAACUAGUUUCUCAAAACGCUGAGGUCUAAAAGUUGGAAAAGUAUACUUUCAUUUAACUUAAAAAUACUGUUUUUUUAAUUCGUUCAUAUAUUUAGUCUUCAACAACGGCAGCUUUGCAUAAAUAGCCCUGAAUUGAAUUUUUAUAGAAUAAUUGUUGGUACAAUUCGAAUAUAAACGAAUAUUCAUGUAAUCAAGCUAAGCCAGUUUACUCACAAAUUUCUGAAGAAAUGUUGAUUUACUGCUAUCCAAAAAAAUAUAUAAAUUUAAAAAAACAAUAUCAAAUGUUUGUAAACUUCCCAAUAAAAUUAGAAGAGAGCAUGCUAAAGAGGAAACGUUUAACAAAAUAAAGCCUGUCGGCAGGCGAAAAGCAAAUAUAAAAAACCAAUCGGAGGAAAUUCAAAGUAAAGACAGAGGGAAAAUAUUCGUCAAAUGCAUACGUAAAUAAGCAUAUGUAAAUUGUACUGAAAGUGCGCACACACACACUCGAAACACAUCACAAGCAAACACACACUCACGCAUACACAUAGGCAUGCACGUGUACAUGUAGACGUAUGUCAGUUUGUCCUUGUAACGAUUUAAAGCGUAUCCACAAGAUAUUAAUUGCCCGUAUGUGCUAAGACCUAGAGUUUAAGGAGACGACAAAAACAAAAUGCAGAAGAAAAACAAACAAAACAAUAUUUUUAAGGUAAACCAAAGACUUUUUUCUUUGCCUCUAAAUGAGCGCAGUAGUCUUCAAAGGACUCCCAACAAACAGUAAGCACACACUCACACACACACAGAUACAAAACACACACUUACACACAACCGAAAGUAAUCUUAAACGUGGAAAAAGAGCAAGAAAAAACCGUAGCAUUUAAGUUAAACUUAUGUAUUAUGUAUUGUAUAAUAUAAACCUACGUAUAGCAUAUAGUCUAUAGAUGUGUACACUUAUCAACAGAGCGGCAUAGCUAACAAGCGAUGGAGAAGGAGAGGGAGCGAGAGGGAGAGAUGGGUGAAAGUCAAGAGGGAGGGAGAGGGGAGUAGAGAGCCCGCAGACAAAAGGCGGCAUUGAAUGCAUGAAAGCAACUGAAUGAACAACAAAGCAAAAAGGAAAUAUAUAUAACAUUAUAUAUAUCUAUAUAUAAACGAAAAACAUAAA